GUGUACGCUUAUUCAGUCAGUACUCAGUGUGCGACAAGUGCAGAGCGGAAAAACACCAAGUUUAAUAUUAUCGAAAAUAGAAUACUAAAUUAUCAGCGCAAAAAUGUCCAGAAUUGUGAAGAAAUUGAUCAGCACCGCCAACGCAGCCAGGCCGGUGGCACCAUACAAUCAAGCUGUUGUGGCCGAUCGCACUGUCUAUGUAUCCGGUUGCAUAGGCUUGGACAAAGACACGCUCACUCUGGUGCCGGGCGGCGUUACGCAACAAACGGAGGUGGCCUUGAAAAACUUGGUGGCCGUGCUGGAGGCCGCCGGCUCAAGUGUCGAUAAUGUAGUCAAGAAUACCAUAUUCGUGAAGGAUCUGAAUGACUUUGGUGCGGUCAAUGAGGCCUACAAAAAAGUGUUCUCCAAAAAUUUCCCCGCUCGCAGCUGUGUACAGGUCGCUCGUCUGCCGCUCGAUGCUUUGGUCGAAAUCGAGAGCAUCGCUUUGAUCGAUAUGGAUCCAGUUCAGCGUUCCCAUUUAUGAAGUCUGUUGGGUUAUUCCGUAUUAUGUUAUAAAAUAUAUACAUAUGUGAGGUGUUUACACAAAUAAAGUGAUAAAAUUAUUAUAGAUAA